CGUUCAGGUCUUCACCUGCAGAAGCCUAGCUCUGAAUUAAAAGGUCAGGAUCAUUUUUCUGUUAUUUCUUUGAAACCUUAACCUAACCCUAGAGGGCCCAGAUGGCGGAUUUUGGAAACAGCUUCGGAUCAUUCGGAAAUCCAAGUCCAGGCCCUUCUUCUUUGGUCGCUCUAUGACUGUGCGCGAAGCCCCCAUCGAGGCUCCUCAGCUUGACCGGAGCGGAUCCAUGAGGAAAUUCUACAAUUCCUUCGAAUCGGUGAUUUCUACUGGAAAUUCCAUCAAGGGGAAGGUAAAGAAGCUCUGCAGUUUAUUUGAAAAGGCGGACGAUUCACAAUCCCAGUCGCAACCACAAUCACGAUCACAAUCACCCACUAAAUUGAAGGCCUCGAAACUCGGUACUACUGAUUUGAGGGUUUCUUCCCUUUCUGGCAAUCAUUGGAUUGGGCUACCAGGCGCUGAAGAUCGAAUUGUGGUGUAUUUCACUAGUUUGCGGGGAAUUCGGAGGACUUACGAGGAUUGUUAUGCAGUUCGGAUGAUUUUUCGUGCAUUUAGGGUUUGGGUGGACGAGAGAGACAUAUCUAUGGACUCUGCCUAUAGGAAAGAGUUGCAAUGUGUGUUGGGAGAAAAGAAUGUGAGCUUGCCACAGGUGUUUAUUAGGGGGAAGUAUAUGGGCGGGGCUGAUGUGGUGAAGCAGCUUUAUGAAACUGGUGAAUUGGCUAAGAUUCUUGAGGGCUUUCCCAUUAGGGCACCUGGGUAUGUAUGUGAGAGUUGUGGGGAUGUGAGGUUUAUUCCAUGUAUGGAUUGCAGUGGAAGCAGGAAGGUUUUGAUGAGGAUGAAGGCUUAUUGAAGAGAUGCUUGGAGUGCAAUGAGAAUGGAUUGAUUCGAUGUCCCGAUUGUUGUUCUUGAAUUCUUUUCUAUAUGGGUGAAAGUGCUUUGGUUCUUAUAUUUUGGUGUUCUCUGAUUGAUCAAUACUAAUGAGUGUAGUAUCACUGAAUGUAUAUAGAAAUAUGUUUGCCCAUGGUUUGGAUUCAAAAUCUCAUUGGAGUCAUUGGAUUUUCACUUUGUCAAUGUACAUUUUUCAUGAAUUGUGGGGUUUUAUUUUCA